AUGUCUGAACCGCGGUCCAGCGAACCCCGUAUCAAGUCUCACAAAAGAAACACUGCACACCGCAGACGUCGCGACGAUGACGACUUUGACGAGCGGUGGGGCGACGAGGAGGUCGUGGAGGAGGAGGAACAAGACGCCGCCGCAGGCGAUUUCGCGGAAUCCUCUGCCAAACGGCUGAAACUCUCUGACGGCUCGGCUUCGCACCGAAAACAGAACGAUACACCUCCUCCGCAGACGGACGAAGAGAGGGCGCAGAGGGAAAGAGAAAAGGAUGCGAAGGAACGAGACGAGUUUGCGAAGCGGCUGGCGAAGCGGGACGAAGAGCGGGCAAAGAAAAUUGUGGAAGACAGGUCCGCCGCCAAGGACAGUGCGACCGCUCAGCGACGCGCGUUAGCCGACGACGCAUCGGCGAGAGAGGCGGCGAUGCCAGAUCUGAGAAUCCGCUCCAGACAGGACUACCUGAAGAAGAGAGAGGCGGAAAGACUGGCGCUGCUGCGCAAGCAGGUCGCCGAGGAGCAGGCGGAACUCAGAGACAACCCAGAUCUGUCCAGACGAGAAAAGGAAGAAUUCGCACGCAACAAGGAAAUUCUGCGCCUCGCUGAGGAGAGGCUGGCCAUCGACGAUCACCUCGACGGUUAUGCUCUUCCCGAGGACUACAUCACCGAAAAGGGCAAGAUUGACAAGCGGAAAAAAGAGCAGGCUCUAUACCAGCGUUACGUUGAUCGAGACGAGGCCGGGAGAGAACGGUAUGUGACCGAGCACGAGGAAUGGGAGAAGGAGCAGACCAAGAGGGCCGAAGCCCAGAUUAAGAAAGCCGAAUACGUCGACGAGGGCGAGUACACGUAUGUCUUCGAUGAGAGCCAACAAAUGCGGUUUAUCCUGUCGGACACCCUGCAAGGAGACAAAGGUAUGACCAGGGAGCAGAGGGAGAUGCAGCAGAGGCUCAGCGCUGCAGAGGCAAAGGCCAAGAGCAUCGAGGAAACGAGAAAGAGUCUGCCCAUCUAUCAAUUCCGGGACCAGAUCAUCCAGGCGGUCAAAGAUCAUCAGGUCCUGAUUAUCGUGGGUGAAACAGGAAGCGGGAAGACGACGCAGCUCCCGCAGUAUCUCCAUGAAGCUGGCUUUACGAAAGGCGGCAUGAAGAUUGGGUGCACGCAACCCCGGAGAGUGGCUGCCAUGUCGGUCGCCGCAAGGGUAGCAGAGGAGAUGGGAAAGCGACUGGGAAACGAAGUCGGCUAUGCUAUUCGGUUCGAGGACAACACCAGCGACAAAACCGUCCUAAAGUACAUGACGGACGGUAUGCUGCUGAGAGAACUGCUGACAGACCCCGAACUGUCUCAGUAUUCGGCGCUUAUGAUCGACGAGGCGCACGAACGGACAGUGAGUACCGACAUUGCAUGUGGGCUGCUGAAAGACAUUGCGCGAGCGAGACCUGAUCUGAAACUCCUGAUUUCCUCCGCCACUAUGGACGCUAGGAAGUUUCAGAAAUACUUUGACGAUGCGCCCAUAUUCAACAUUCCCGGCAGGAGAUAUGCGGUGGACAUCCAUUAUACGGCUCAACCAGAAGCCAACUAUCUGGCUGCAGCGAUUACCACGGUCUUCCAGAUCCACAUCACGCAGGGAACAGGAGAUAUACUUGUGUUCCUGACUGGGCAGGAGGAGAUCGAAGCAAUGGAAGCCAGUCUCCAAGAAACAGCUCGGAAGCUAGGAAGCAAGAUCAAGGAGAUGAUCAUCUGUCCCAUCUACGCGAAUUUGCCCACAGACUUACAGGCCAAGAUUUUUGAGCCUACGCCCGCCGGGGCACGCAAAGUGGUGUUGGCCACCAACAUCGCGGAAACGUCACUGACUAUCGAUGGCAUUGUCUACGUCAUCGAUCCAGGCUUCGUCAAAGAGAAUCAGUACAAUCCACGUACAGGUAUGGAAUCCUUGGUCGUUGUCCCCUGCAGCCGGGCUUCAGCGGGUCAACGCGCCGGUCGUGCCGGUCGAGUUGGUCCUGGCAAAUGCUUUCGACUUUACACUGCUCAAGCAUACAAGAAUGAACUCGAGGAAAACACAACACCAGAAAUACAGAGAACAAACCUUUCUGGGGUCAUCCUCAUGUUGAAAAGUCUUGGGAUCAACGACCUUCUCGACUUUGAUUUCAUGGAUCCGCCCUCGACCGACACCAUCGUCCGUGCCGUGGAGCAGCUGUACGCGCUGGGUGCCCUGAACAAUGCUGGGGAGUUGACCAAGAUUGGUCGUCAAAUGGCCGAGUUCCCGACAGACCCCAUGUUGGCGCGUGCAAUCCUAGCGGCCGACAAAUACGGAUGCGUGGAGGAGGUUCUUUCGAUCAUCGCAAUGCUUGGAGAAGCAUCGGCACUCUUCUUCCGUCCCAAGGACAAGAAAAUCCACGCCGACAGUGCCAGGGCCAGAUUCACCAACAAGGAUGGCGGUGAUCACCUUUCACUACUGAACAUCUUCAAUGAAUGGGUCGACUCCGACUACAGUUUUGUGUGGGCGAAGGAAAACUUUCUCCAGCAGCGUAGCUUGACUCGAGCGCGCGACGUUCGAGACCAGCUGGCAAGGCUAUGCGACCGGGUUGAGGUGGACGCAAGUAAGACUUGCGGCGGCGCUUCAAACAUUGAACCGGUGCAGAAAGCCAUCACGGCGGGCUUCUUCCCUCACUCGGCUCGACUUCAGCGAGAUGGACAGAGUUACCGCACGGUCAAGAACGGGCAGGUUGUCUAUGUUCAUCCCUCGAGCGUCCUUAACGAGAGUCGGCCGAAAUGGAUCAUCUACCACGAACUGGUUUUGACAAGCAAGGAGUACAUGCGUAGCUGCAUGCCUUUGAAGCCGGAGUGGCUGAUUGAAGUGGCGCCCCAUUAUUAUAAGAAGCAGGAUCUGGAGAGUCUGGGCGUGGAAAGGAAGGUUCCCAGGGGCGAAGGCAAGGCCCAGAGUAAGAUAUGA